GCUUUUAAAGUGCACAGCCUCAAGGCUUAGCAGCUGGGUAACUCCCGUCACUAACAGCGCGGGUUGUUUACGAUGUGUUUUGAGACACUGUUCAACUCCAGCAGUGAGCGACAUAAAAACAGAAGUUGACCAAACGCAAACCACUAAAGAGACCUGAAUGUUGACAAUAAGUUUGUAUUUUCCCCUUGACUUCUGUAUAUAAAGAUAUCAUCAUGGAGGAAGAGGUGGAGUUCCUACGUGAUCAAGUUCACAGGUUAAAUUCUGCCCUCAGUCGGUAUCAGUUUGGAAGCCAUUCUCAGUCCACAUCAUCGCAGCAGGUUGAGGAGGCAAGAUGUUCAGAUUCAUCUGCACCCUGGAUCUUAGACAGAAGUGUAACCGCUCCUCUAAUCGCUGAGUAUGAUCGGCACAUGGAUGAAAUGACUGAGCAGCUGCAGAGAUACCAGUCGCUGAUGACUGAUGUCAAAGCAAAGUUGGAGAGGGUUGUCAAGGAGAACGAAAGGCUGCAUGCAGAGCUGAAGGACUCGGUUGAGAAGCAGCUUGAUGCCCUGCCAGCAGCCUUGGGUGUGGAGGGAAGCACACUGGAGGAGGAAGAUAUUAUCAGAAACCUCCAAGAACAGGUCCAGCUAUCUGAACAGGAACGGUUAAAGGCCUUGGAGCUAUGGCAGGCAACAGCCCAGCAGCUGGACUGCCUUCAGCAGGUCUACCAGAAGGCCAUCUCUGAUGGACAGAGUCACAAUGCUCAGAGACAGCAGCUCAAGGACCAACUUGUUCAGUUCCAGCAGCACACACACAAACUUCAAGUGGCCAAUCAGAGACUAGAAACAACUAACCAGCACUUCCUAAAGACAGUGACGGUGCAGAACAAGGAGAUGGAGGAACUACACCAUCAGCUCAGGCAAUCCAAGUCUGAGUUGAGAAUGGCUACCAACAAAGUGGAUGAGAUGACCAAAUUGCUACAGAAUUUCCAGGAACAGACGAAGAGAUGGGAGGAGGAUGUGGCAGAGGCUCAAGGUCGUGAGGGCACAGCAGAGAGAAGGCUCCAACAGCUUCAGUCUGCUUUGAACCAGAUGGAGGCCCGGUUAAAAGCUGCAUCUCAGGAGGCAGAGGCAGUCUGCAGGGAGCAAACUGUUUGGGAGAGCAAAGUAGGGGAACUCCAAGGACACUGCACAACCCUUGAAGAGGAGAAGUAUGAGGCACUGGCAAAAGUCAGGGAGAUUGUUCAGAUUGCUGAGGAGGCUGCAUUGCAGAAGGACCAGGCACUGUUAAGAGAGAAACAGAAGGCUGAGGAGCUGGAAAAGACAAAGGAGGGCAUCAAGCUGUUAAUCCAGGAUGUUGUGGUCCGCACUAGAAAAGAGGUAGAAAUUGUGCGCAAGCAGUGCAACUCUCAAAUCCACCGUAUGGCUGAAGAGCUGUCUGCACUGCAGUUGGAGGCUGCAGAUAAGGAAUCUCAGCUUGAACGGUCCCUUCGAGAGAGAAAAGCUGUAGAGGAGGAGCUUCAGAAGGUGUAUAGAGAAGGUGGGGCAGAACCAGAGUUCAGGAAAAUCGAAGCCCUUCACCAGAGGUGUCUUGAUGCAGAAAGGAUAAAGGAAGACUUGAGCCUCGCACUGCAAAGCAUCCAGAACAAACAAAAAAAGGUGGAGUUGGACUACAAUGAAGAGCUGUCAAGGUGCCAGGAGGAAGUGCAGCAACUGCAGCGCUGUCUUGAUGAGGCCAGAGACGACUGUAUCUGUGUCAGUGAGGAAAGGCUCCAGCUGCAACAGAAGAACUUGCAGCUUCAUAAGGAAAUGGAUGAGUUGCGCAAGGCCUCCUUGCUGGUCCAAAAAAAGGCAAAACAACAGUUGUCACAGAUUGAGCAGGAGUACAACCUGAAGGAAAAGGGACUUGAGGCAAGGAUGCAGGAGUUGGAGGACUGCAGCCGAAGCUCCAGUGCUGAUAUGAAACGCCUCCUUACAGCCCAGCUGAAAAGUACCCAGCACUGGAAGGAAGAGAACAAGAGCGUGGUUCAGGCCUUUGAGAUGAAAAUCACCGGCCUCAAGGCAGAGCUAAAUCGUCAGAAGCAGCAUUCACACGAGCUAGCGAUGGAGCUUGAAACUGACCAUAAUACUGUUGUUGAGUAUGAGAGGCAGCUAGCACAGUAUCAAGAGAAGAUAAGUCGUCUCCAGAAUCGUCUGACGCAGGCUGAAAAAAGGGCAACUACAGCGACACAACAGCUGAGUAUUCUGGCAUUUCCACGAAGGAAAACAAACAUGGGUGAUGAAGAUACUGUGUAACGACUAUAGUCACUGUGCUAUAGUAGAAAUCAUUUAGUCAUAUACUGUGUGUUUACUGUUUAGAGGAUGUCCUUUUUUUUAUUAAUAAAGUAUUGUCAUUUUGGCCAAAGGCAGGACAAGUAUCUUUAGUAAAAUGGUGAUAGAAUGAUUAUUUAUAUGAGUGAUUAUUUUUUAAAUUUUUUGGGUGAAUUGUAUUUACAUGGAUGGAAUAAUAUGUGACGUUUUGGAUAAAAACAUGUUUUCUUAUAACUCAAAUAAACACCUUUAAAAUAUA